GCAAGAGAAAGGGACGAGACUUCGGCUGCACCUCAAUCUGGUCUGCAUCUUUCCACCGGACCGCAGUGGAUACAGCCCGACUGUACAGCAGGAUGUAAAGGAGGGUGUUUUUGCACAGGUGUUCCACAGAUCUGUCUGUCUUUUUUUUUCAAUUUCUUGUUUUUUUCUCUUCCAGUUUUUUGUUUUUUGAAGGAGCACACAGCACAAAGCGAUAUCACUGCCUGGCUUUUCUUCUUCUUCUUGUUCUGCUUCUUUCUUUGCGCUCUCCCCUCACUGGUAAGUGGGAUGCAGGAUACGCAGCAUCACCGGCAUCGUUAGAAUAAGCCUAAUAGAUAGACCUUACAGUUCAGUACAGGCCUAUCAGAUUUAGUGAAGACUAAAGAGGAGGAAUAAAACUCUCCGCCGAUGUGACAGAAAAGGACUGCUUUGCUUCGGAGGGCAUAAAGUGAGGAGGGAUAUUUUUCCUCAAACUAUAUGGGGACGUGGAUGGUUUUUAUUCCCCGGGCGCACUAAUGCCCCAUAAAACGGGAAACGAUUUGGACAUCUAAUGAUCAGAUUGAAACUGGACUGCUGUUGAUCUUAUCGGUAACGCAUUUUUAUCUCACCCAGUGAGUCUCGUUGGUGGAGGGAGGCGCGGAACAAGAUCCAGAGAACUAUACAGGAGGAGGGAGAAUUGAGUUGCAUUGCUUUUCUUGCAAAAAAAAAAAAAAAAAAAAAAAACACGACGUGUUUCUGCAGCACGCACACAACAAAACCUGAAGCAAACUAACUGAGAAUAUUUAUUUAAAAUCUGGACAAGAAGGAGCACACAGAUCAGCAGAGUGUCUAUACACAGCAGAGACCAAACUCUGCCUGCGUGUGUGUGCAUAUAUACACACUUGUCCGAAAGCCGGGGGCACAUACUAUAUGUGUAUGUGAGAUGAGGAGAAGCUAAGUGGCUACCACAACCACCCAGAUCAGACAGCCUCCUGUGCUGCAAGAUGGAUUAGAGCCCCACACCUCAGGAGAUCAAAGGUGGCUGUGACAGGGGCACCCCCGGGGCAGGACCCAUGAGGAGUCAUAGAAGAUGCUCACAGCCUGGGCGCUUCUGCUCUUCUUAGCCAUGUGGGUGAGAAGCACCUCUGGUGGACCACUCUCCUUCAGAAUAGCUGCCAUCCUUGAUGACCCUAUGGAGUGCAGCAGAGGGGAGCGUUUGGCCAUCACGCUGGCCAAAGACAGCAUCAACAGGAACAGUAACCGCUCAACCACUGGCAAGCUGGAGGUGGACAUCUUUGAACUGCUGAGAGAUAGUGAAUAUGAGAUGGGUGAAACAAUGUGCCAGAUCAUGUCUAAAGGGGUGGUGGCGGUACUCGGUCCUUCUGCCAGCCCGGCCUCCAACUCCAUCAUCAGCAAUAUCUGUGGAGAAAAGGAGGUGCCCUAUGUCAAGGUGGCUCCAGAGGACAUUCUAAAGGUUCAAUUCCCCCGGUUCACCACUCUGGACAUGAGGCCAACCAACACUGACAUCAGCCUGGCUGUGGCCGGCCUCCUCACCUUCUUUAACAGCACCACCGCCUGCCUCAUCUGUGCACAGGCUGACUGCUUAUUGAACCUGGAGCAGCUCCUCAGGCAGUUCCUGAUCUCCAAGGAGACUCUGUCAGUGCGCAUGCUUGAUGACAGCCAGGACCCAACCCCGCUCCUGAAGGAGAUACGGGAUGACAAGACUGCCACUAUUAUAGUCGAUGCCAACGCCACCAUGUCACAUAUCAUCUUGGAACGGGCAUCAGAGCUGGGAAUGCUGUCAGUCUACUACACUUACAUCUUCACCUCUCUGGAAUUCCCUUUACUCCGACUGGACGAUGUGGCGGACAAGCGGGUGAACAUCAUCGGUUUUUCAGUCUUCAACAAAACUCAUCCCUUCUUCCAGGAUUUUGUGCUAAGCCUCAACCGCUCCUGGCAAGAGAACUGUGACCAUGCACCGUUCGCUGGGACACCACUCUCCUCAGCUCUGCUCUUUGAUGCGGUAUACGCGGUGGUGGCAGCGGUCCAGGAGUUGAAUCGUAGCCAGAAUGUUGGCGCCACUCAGCUCUCCUGCAAGUCCUCCAAGAUCUGGGAGCACGGCACCAGCCUCAUGAAUUACCUGAGGAUGGUAGAAUUGGAAGGUCUUACGGGCCACAUUGAAUUCAACAGCAAAGGCCAGCGGUCUAACUACGCCCUGAGGAUCAUGCAGAACAGCAAGGAUGGCCUAAGGCAGAUUGGCCUGUGGCACUCGGAAGAUGGACUGUCCAUGGAGAGAAAGCUUCCAUCAAUCAACGUGACAGACACCCUCUUCAACACUACUCUUACCAUCACGACAAUAUUAGAGAAUCCAUAUGUCAUGCUGCGGCCGAACCACCAGGAACUGCAGGGAAAUGAUCGCUAUGAAGGCUUCUGUGUGGACAUGUUGAAGGAGCUGGCAGAUAUUCUCAAAUUCAAGUAUCGCAUCCGGCUGGUGGGGGACGGACUGUACGGAGUUCCUGGAGCCAACGGGACAUGGUCGGGCAUGGUCGGAGAGCUCAUUUCAAGGAAAGCUGACCUGGCAGUUGCAGGCCUCACCAUCACAGCGGAGCGUGAAAAGGUCAUUGACUUCUCCAAGCCCUUCAUGACCCUCGGCAUCAGCAUCAUGUAUCGUGUCCACCUGGGACGCAGGCCAGGUUACUUCUCCUUCCUGGAUCCCUUCUCUCCAGGAGUCUGGCUCUUCAUGCUUCUGGCCUAUUUGGCUGUCAGCUGCGUCCUCUUUCUGGUGGCCAGACUGACACCUUAUGAAUGGUACAACCCCCACCCGUGUCUAAAGGGUCGCUGUAACCUGCUGAUCAACCAGUACUCACUUGGCAAUAGUUUCUGGUUCCCUGUUGGAGGCUUCAUGCAGCAAGGAUCCACCAUUGCUCCCAGAGCUCUGUCCACACGUUGUGUCAGCGGAGUGUGGUGGGCAUUCACAUUAAUCAUAAUCUCAUCGUACACCGCCAACCUGGCUGCCUUCCUAACAGUCCAGAGGAUGGAGGUGCCGAUAGAAUCAGUAGACGACCUGGCCGAUCAGACGGCAAUAGAGUACGGCACCAUGCAUGGAGGAUCCACAAUGACCUUUUUUCAGAACUCUCGCUACCAGACCUACCAGCGUAUGUGGAAUUUCAUGCACUCAAAGCAGCCUAGUGUGUUUGUGAAGAGCACGGAGGAGGGCAUCGCCCGUGUCCUCAACUCCAACUAUGCCUACUUGCUGGAGAGCACCAUGAACGAGUACUACCGCCAGAGAAACUGCAACCUGACGCAGAUUGGAGGACUGCUGGACACCAAGGGCUAUGGCAUCGGCAUGCCGCUGGGGUCAGUGUACCGUGAUGAGUUUGACCUGGCCAUCCUCAAAAUGCAGGAGGACAAUCGUUUGGAGAUCCUCAAGAGGAAGUGGUGGGAUGGUGGCAAGUGUCCAAAAGAGGAGGACCACCGUGCCAAAGGCCUGGGCAUGGAGAACAUCGGCGGCAUCUUUGUAGUGCUGGUGUGUGGCCUGCUGGUGGCUAUCUUCAUGGCAGUGCUGGAGUUUGUCUGGAUGUUAAGGCAGACACCAGGAAAUGAGCAGUCAGUGUGUGAGGAGAUGCUGAGGGAGCUCCAGGGGAUCGUCCUGUGUCGCGACAGCCUGCAGUUGAGGCGCCGGCGGGCAACUUCAAUGAUGCGGCCGCGGCCUUUACCCCUGGAGGAGCGUCGGGCACGAGCUGCCACCGUCAGCCUCAGCAACGGCAAGCUAUGUGGGGGCACCGGACUGCCUGAACCCCUCUCCCACAGACUGGCGCAGGAGGCAGCCCUGGUUGCGAGAGGUUGCAGCCACAUCCGGAUUUGCCCAGAGUGCCGGCGCUUCCAGGGACUGAGGAUGCGUCCCGCUGGGGCCACCGGGGCCCUCCCUUCUCCCACACACAGUGAGGAGAGCAUAGAGUGGGACAAGACCACAAAUAGCAGUGAACCUGAAUAACGCCUGGUGAUACCAACAGGACUGACUUUCGGAGAAGCCACCUCUCUACUUUCCAGGGAUCAAAGAUAACAUUUUUUUAAUUCAGCCAUUGGGAGCUUGAUGUUAAAGGGCAGGACAGUGCUGCAAACUUUGCUUUGCCCUAGAGGCAACAGCCAGUAGUCUGUUUUGGAAUCUCCUUGGGUGAAUUUUUUUCCUUUGUCAUAGGAGAAACUGAUGAGUCUGUCUCGUUGUGGUCUGUCCCUGUUGGCCCUUUGUACCGUGCAAAACAGGACGGACAAAAACAGCUACGGGGCAUUUGUACUAUGCAGUAUUUUCAGUCAUUUAUCAUUGUGCUGUUUCUUUUUUUUUCCUUUUUAAAUUAUUUCUGUCCUCUGUUGGAUUAUCAGUACUGAAUAUAGUUAUUCUAUUGUUCUUAAAAAAAAAAAAAUUUAAAAGUUCCUUUUUUUAUCUGACAAUUUACUGUAUGAACGUAUAUUGCCUCUGAAGAGCUGCAAAGAUGAAAAGACUAAUGCAAGGUCAUUCUUCAAUUGCUUUUAUUUUGAAAGUGCCAAAAACCAUAAGUAUUAUCUUGUGGCUGAAGAAAGCACCACAGCCUUGAGAAGACAACAAACUCAACUGAACCCAGAAAACAAACAAAUCGAGACAGACAGACAGACAGACAGACACACAGACUUCUUUUAUAGUAGUGAUAUUCUAUUAAAAAACAUGUUUUAACUGUUGGUAUCUCUGAAAGACAGCGAUGCAUGUCCAGAGGUGUUGGCAGGUUGCUCAUUGAAUGAUUAUUGCUAAAGUGGUGACUGAGUAGCUGAAAGAAUGAUUUCCUGUUUUGAAUACCUGCUUAAAAACACGAUGGCUGCACACACAUACACGAAGACAUCCAUUUCUUUCCCUUCUUCUUCUCUGUGUUACUUUCUCCUCCGUCUGUCUUACAUCUUUGACACCAUGACACCUUUAUUGUCUCAUCCCCUGACUUCUUUAUGAUCUCUCACUUAAAAAUACACACAGUCUCCUGCACAGCAUAGACGCUCUGUUAGAGAUUACAGGCUUUUCUCCAUCGCACAUAUUUAAGAAUGAUUCAGGUCCCAUCAAGACAAGCCAGUGAAACUAAAUGAAACCCAGCAUAUAUCAGAACAAACCAAAAGUCCCUGGUAAAAGUAAAAGGGUUUUUUAUAUCAACAAUCGACUUGAGUUCUUUUAAAUGUCAAGGCAGUUAAACUUUUAUUGAAUGUGAUGUUUUACACACUGCUUUCAAGGAGUAUUUCAGUUCAGAUUAACCUAGAUGCUCCCGUUUUUGUACUUUUAUUUUGCAAAAAAAAAAAAAAAAACUAAACCAAAAGUUGGAACAUAUUAAUCAGGUCUUUAAGAGAGAGAUUUUUUGAAUAGAAAACAUCAUUGUAAAAUCAAUUUGAUUGAAGCCAAGUUAAUUACUUUCUGAAAUGUAUUAAUUUGGUUACAGUUGUCUUUGUUUAAAUUGUACCAUACCUUCAGGCAUGAAACAAUGAGAACAAAGCACCAGUGACAGGAUUCUUAGGAUUCUUGGGUUACUUUCUGCAUAGACUGUGACACGUGACAUAGUAUUUUCCCACUGAACUGGUUUGAAUGUGUUACUAUAUGAUAGCCUGAUAGCCUGUUGCACGGUCGGAAUCGGCGGCCAUCCACCUGUCUACACUGCUCCUUGCUUAUCUCUGAUGUGUCCAUCAUUUUAACUCUGCCUACCAGGUUCUGUCAAUCACCAUCCCUCAAAACUAGGCCACCAACUUGACACUGCUUGAAGAUACCGCUGCAGUAUCUCUCUUGUUGUACUUUUAUUAGCCACAAUUCACUUUCUAUCUUCAUCAUUUUUUACCUGCAGGUUGUCAUGGCUAGAAAUUUUCUGUAUGUGCUCUUUUCAAGUAAAAGGAGUGAAUGUUGAAUUGAGGUGUCUAAUCUUUUGAUCACUCGCCAUGUUUUCUUCAUGUUUCUUUGCUUUACCGGCAAUAGGUCACAUCUCAUUCUUUACAUGUCACACAAUCAAACUAUAUGAUGGCACCUACACGCAAACCACGCCAAUAUACAUCUUGCCAUGUCCACAAAAGCUUAAAGAAACUGAUAACAAAGAAUUCAAGAAAAAAGAAACAACUAUUUUCACAAAUAUUACAGCCCUUUAAAAGAAAAAACACCAGGCAAUGGUUGAACGCUUGAACAGAAUCUGGCAAACAAUUCAAUGUCCUCUUCACGUUUAAAUAAAUGUUUUUGUUUCUGUGAUAACUGACGGAGGAAUAACUUUGAUAUUGGGGAUGAGCAUUUUCCCUCUGAGAAAAAAAAAAAAAAAGUAAUUCAUCAUAAUUAUCCUGCAUUUUCCUACGUCAUUCACCGUGCAUAAUUGUAUUUUUUGUUCAUGUAGAAUCGCCUCAGUCACACCUUGUUGUUGAAUCAUUUUGUCAUUUGUUGCAUCAUUUCUGCUGCAACAUCUCUUGCCCAAACUGCCUCUAUAUUUUUAAAGUACCUGUUAUUGCAUGAACGGCCAUGAUUGGUAUGCUGUUUCAGAAGCUGGUGAGUGUGUAAGACUGUGGUAGAUCAAGCGCUGACAGACCUGGAGUGAACUGCAGUAUUUGCAUAAUUGUACUAAUACAGAGUUUUGAGUGAACUGGUGGUUCUGAACAUUUUGGGUGACUGGAAUUACAAAUUAGUGGAAUCUC